AUGCCUUCCACGCCCGAGAACAAACCAGAAAAGGCAGAGAAGUCCUAUCUGAGUGCAGCGGUUGAAUCAAUUACACCAUAUCCAAGUGAUUGCCCCCCUUUGAAUGCCAGGUGGUUCUAUGCUGUUGAUGUCCCCAAGAGGAAGCCCAAGCUCCUGAAGAACAACCCGGAUGACACCAAACCCCCACCAGCACCAAAGAAAUUUGUCCCAUUUUCCGUCCACGAUUCCCGUGCUAUAGAAGCAGCAUAUCAAAAGCUUGCGGAUGAACACGAUGGACUAAAUAAGGAGCCACGGCAAAAGGUCGAUGAUGACAACAGAGCACGGUUGCCAAAUAAUGGCAAGAAAAUCAACACAAGUAUAAAUGAAGCCGGUCUGGACGAACAUUCUGGUGGAAGAGUUAGAGUUCCUGUCCAGGAAGACUUCCUAUUUGACGUGGACGUUGAACGACGUGAAUUAUCACCUGUCUAUUGGCUCGGCCCUAUAUAUGAAGUCCGCAGAGGAUCGUGGUUCUACCAAGAAGGGUCAACGCUGCGACCAUGUGAUGAGAACCUGGCCACUCAGUUGGAGGAAGGGUACCUUAAGGUCAAACCCUUCCGAUAUCCCAAAGUACCAGAAAGAACAUCGUCGAAAUCAGGCAGUGACCAGAAAUCGCUCGCCUUGAGUGGUGCUUUUGGAAGUCGAAGUAGGGCUGGUUCCGGAGAAGUGACCCCAAAAGCUUCCAUGGAGAAUUUAAAAAACGCCAACCAGCAACACGCCGAUGAUGCUGUAAAUGUUUCUAAAGAUGCGCCAGCUCAACACCAACCGCAAACCUAUCGCCUCUUUGGGACAUAUAUGAACUCCAUUGUGACCUAUCAAGAUUCGACUGUUGCCUGGUUGUCCGCAGAUAGUAUCAUGUCGAGAGUCAGCAGUACCGUAUACCAAAAGUUUGCGGGGGGUGGAUAUCUCGGUGGUGUCAAGAUUGUUCGGGGGUAUACAGAACCAGGUAAAGCCAAGGAUCAGCCAACAGGUGAUAAACAACCUCCAACUCCGCAUACUGCGGCUCUCAGGCCUACAAAUCUACCUCCUAUGUUGCAGCUAGACGAACGGCAGCAAAAGUUGUUGAAAAGAAGAUCGGCCCCCCCUACUACCGCACGCAACGAGAAGACGGAAUCUGAGAAUGAAUCAGCGCAGUCAACUCUCGGUACCCUGCCUAAUGAUAUUGAUCCGGAGAUGGAGGCGGAAGCCGUCAGGAAGCGGGACGAGAAGGAGAUCCAGAAUGACUAUAAUGAGCCAGAGGGCGAAAAUCAAGGGCGGGAGAUCGACCAUUUGAUUCUAGUUACUCACGGCAUUGGUCAACGCUUAGGCAUGAGAACUGAAAGUGUUAAUUUCGUGCAUGACGUGAAUGUUCUUCGCCAGACUUUGAAGAGCGUCUAUUCAAGCUCUGCUGAUCUACAAGCCCUGAAUUCUGAAAUCGACAAGCUACCCAAGAAUUGCCGGAUCCAAGUUCUUCCAGUUUGUUGGCGCCACCUCCUCGACUUUCCCAGAAAAGGUGUAAGACAGAAUCGAAAAGAGCAUGAUCUCGGCGAGGCAUUUGGUGACGAGGAGGAAUAUCCCAGCUUGGAAGACAUCACUGUGGAAGGGGUGCCGUUUGUCAGAUCAUUAAUCACAGACCUUGCCCUUGAUAUUCUUCUCUACCAGAGUGCGUAUAGAGAACAUAUCAGCAGCAUUGUUCUGGAAGAAUCAAACAGAAUCUAUAAUCUUUUCCGUGAACGGAACCCCAAUUUCAAAGGCAAAGUAAGCCUCAUAGGUCAUUCGCUCGGAUCCGCAAUUCUGUUCGAUAUUUUAUGCCGCCAGAAAGAGGACACCAAGAUUCAUGGUUCUAACGCACACAAACGGCACUAUAAAAAUAGGCCAUCGACUACCUCGAAUUUCCAGGGAAGGGACUUAAGCUUUGAUUUUGACGUAGAAGACUUCUACUGUCUCGGAAGUCCGAUCGGACUUUUCCAGAUGCUGAAGGGAAGAACAAUUGCCGGCAGGCACCAACCUGAUGCCCUGCCGGCCGAAUCGCCGCUGGAUCCUGAUUACAUGCAGGACCCAUUUCUUGCCGCAGCAUCAAAUUCGGGCUUCUCCGCCGGAGACAAUAUUUCUUCUACGACUGGACUGCCUCUCACUAUAUCCUCUCCAAAGUGUGCUCAAUUGUACAAUAUUUUCCAUCCGACAGAUCCAAUAAGCUAUCGUCUGGAACCACUCAUCGCACCAGCCAUGUCCUCCAUGAAGCCACAACUUCUUCCUUAUACGAAAAAGACGAUAUCAGCCAACAUCAGUGGUCUUGGUGCUAAGGUUGGCCAGAGUGUCAGCGGAUUGUGGUCAAGUUUGAGCUCUGGAAUCGCAAGUAGUCUCCUGAACCGCAGCCUUGGCCUCACCAACGACGACAUAGCCAGGAUGGAAACCCCAUCCUCUCAACCGCCAUCACGAAAUGUUUCGCAGUCAAUAGGUGCAGGGACAAAUAUCUCGGCAGGGGGUGUAAUAUCUGACAUGCCCUCUCUUCAAAGAGAAACCUCCAACGACAAAAAGAGGCAGUUGGCUGAAGAUACCGCAGCUGCCGAUAGAGAUGGAACGCGAGCCAAUGCACCUACUCUGAUAGACGAUGAAAUCGAGACUCUCUAUUCUGGUUACGAAAAAAGACGGAAGAGUCAUCAGGGUGGUCAAGCUGCCGAGUAUGAUUGGGCCGAAGCGGAAGAGAGGGGUAAGAAACUUAGAAGAGAGGAGAUGAAAGUCCGGGCGUUGAAUCAGAACGGCAGAGUGGAUUACAGUAUUCACGAGAACAUCGUCAAUCAGGCGGUCUUGGAGGUCUCGGACCGCGUCCUCUACGAUGUCGAAAAGAUGCGGCGACCUGUACCCCAUGGGGCUCUCGAUGCGAGAUUAGGAACUUCCAGUAAGACCGGCAUCUGCGAAACCUGCGGCGAAGGGCUCGUGAAUUGCAACGGGCAUUUUGGCCAUGUCAGGCUGGCUCUUCCGGCGUUCCACAUUGGAUACUUGAAGCUGGUCAUCAGCAUUCUGCAGAACAUCUGCAAGGACUGCGCCAAAGUUUUGCUUACGGAUACCGAAAGACGGGCUUUCUUGAAACAACUGCGAGUGCCUGGAAUUGAUAACUUGAAGCGAACGCAAAUCUGCAAAAAGAUCAACGAGCAGUGUAGAAAAGCCAAGCAAUGUCCCUACUGCGGUUCGAUCAACGGCCAAGUUCGAAAGAUUGGUGUGUUGAAGCUCGUCCAUGACAAAUACCAAGCUUACAACAAGUCGACUGCGGCGAAGAAGGUUAUGCCACCGAGUCUGGUUUCGUUCCAGAAAUCUUUUAAUGAAGCAAAAAAGAACAAUCCAGAACUUGAAAAGCAUUUGAAAAAGGCUGUGGAUGAUCUCAACCCCCUCAGGGUUUUAAAUCUAUUCAGGAUGAUAACACCGUCGGAUUGUGAGCUUCUAGGCCUUAAUCCUGCAGAAGGCCGACCCGAGAUGUUCUUAUGGCAGUUCGUCCCAGCACCUCCGAUCUGCAUACGGCCCUCUGUUGCGCAGGACAACGCAAGCACCGAAGAUGAUCUUACAACAAAGUUGUCUGACAUUGUUCAUAUCAGCUCUUUGAUCAGAAGUGCACUUCAGAGAGGUCAACCUGUACAGACUAUCAUGGAGCAGUGGGAGUAUCUUCAGCUGCAAAUUGCUAUGUACGUGAACAGCGAUGUCCCUGGACUUCAACAACCUGGCUAUGGCAAAGCUAUCCGAGGAUUCGCCCAACGUUUGAAGGGCAAGCAAGGCCGUUUCCGAGGAAAUUUGUCUGGAAAGCGUGUUGAUUUCUCAGGCCGGACGGUUAUUUCUCCUGAUCCAAAUUUGGGCAUUGAUCAAGUCGCCGUUCCAAUAUUGGUAGCCAAAAAUCUUACGUACCCGGAGCGAGUCCAAAGCCAUAACAUCGAAAAGCUCCGAAAAUGCGUGAUCAAUGGCCCGAAUGUACAUCCUGGUGCUCAGCAAAUAAUAAAGAAGGAUUCCGAUCAUAAGAUUUCCCUGAAAUUUGCGCGGAGAGAGAAUGAGGCGAAGCACCUCAAGAUCGGCGAUGUUGUAGAGAGACAUCUCGAGGACGGAGAUAUUGUGCUUUUCAACCGGCAGCCAUCUUUACAUAAACUCAGUAUCAUGAGCCAUUAUGUUAAGGUCAGACCAUGGAGGACGUUUCGCUUGAACGAGUGCGUGUGCAAUCCCUAUAACGCAGAUUUCGACGGCGAUGAGAUGAAUCUGCACGUCCCUCAAACAGAAGAAGCCAGAGCGGAGGCAAUCAAUCUGAUGGGGGUGAAGAACAACCUCUCGACUCCUAAGAACGGGGAGCCGAUCAUCUCAGCCACACAGGACUUCAUUACCGCAGCAUACCUUCUUAGUAGCAAAGAUAAUUUCUUUGAUCGAAGAACAUUUACCAAUCUCUGCAUGUACAUGGUAGAUGGCAACAUGCAGCUCGAUCUUCCUCCUCCCGCAAUUUUAAAACCGGAGGCUCUCUGGACCGGGAAACAAGUCUUUAGCGUCCUCAUGCGCCCAAACAAAAUGUCUCCAGUCAAAGUCAACCUCGAUGCAAAAUGUCGAGAUUUCAAAGGAAAGGUCGGAAAAGGCGCUGAUAUGGAUCCUAAUGACGGUUAUCUUGUAGUACGCAACUCAGAAGUCAUGUGUGGUAGGAUGGACAAAACCACGGUAGGUUCUGGAAAGAAGGAAUCGAUUUUCUACAUCAUCCUCCGAGAUUUCGGUCCCGAUGAGGCCGUUAUUGCCAUGAACCGGCUUGCAAAACUCUCAGCUCGGUAUCUCACCAACCAGGGAUUCUCUAUUGGAAUCAGUGACGUAUACCCAUCGCAAAGCCUGACAGAGAAGAAGCAAGCUCUUGUUUCCAUAGCUUACCAAGAAUGCGAGGCUUUGAUCCAGAAGUUCAAAGAAGGAAAGCUGGAGAAAGCCACGGGGUGCAAUAUGGAAGAGACCCUGGAAAACCUGAUUUCAGGUAUUCUCAGCAAAGUCAGGCAGCAGGCCGGACAAUACUGUAUUGAUACUCUGAGCAAGUGGAACUCACCGCUUAUCAUGGCCAAAUCUGGGUCCAAAGGUUCUAAUAUCAACGUUGCUCAAAUGGUAGCAGUUGUAGGACAGCAAAUUAUUGGGGGCCAACGUGUUCCAGAUGGUUUCCAAGAUCGAAGUUUGCCGCAUUUCCCCAAGAACGCGAGGCAGCCUCCCUCGAAAGGAUUUGUCAGAAAUAGCUUCUUCUCUGGACUGACGCCCACAGAAUUCUUGUUUCACGCCAUAUCUGGUCGUGAGGGUCUUGUUGAUACCGCAGUCAAAACUGCAGAGACCGGCUAUAUGUCUAGGCGGCUCAUGAAAUCACUCGAAGAUCUGUCAGUUCAGUACGACAAGACAGUCCGAAAUUCGUCGAACACAAUCGUGCAAUUCCAAUUCGGGGCUGAUAAGCUGGAUCCCGUUGACAUGGAGGGUGACGCAGUGCCAGUUCAUUUCAAUCGAACAUGGAAUCAUGCCGAAGCCUUGACAUGGAACAACGCGGAUCGUUCCUUGCUACCAUAUGAGAUCACUGCUCACUGUGAGGAGCUCCUGAGAGAACAGAAGGCCAAGUACACGAGAAGGGGCUUGCUUCAUGAAGAGUUAUUGGCUUAUGACGACCAAAGCGACUACGCCAUUGAUGAGCAUGAAAGUGCAAGGGAUUUCCUCACCACAAUCACGAAGUACGUGGGCGGUCUAGCCUCACGUAUGGCCAAAGCACGUCUCAAAGCGGGGCUCCCGGAGUGUGAAGAUGACCCAAAGAUUUCGGGUGAGCGUUUUGACCCUUCUGGGGAAGAUGAUCCGAGGCAACGAGUGGUGGACCAGGUCGCAAAGGUCUCUCUACCAACGCUGAAGAUGUUCAUAAAGCUUUGUCUGGACAAGUAUGCUAAAGCUCACGUCGAGGCGGGUCAUGCUGUGGGAGCCGUUGGUGCACAGUCUAUUGGAGAGCCUGGAACUCAAAUGACGCUGAAGACUUUCCAUUUUGCUGGUGUUGCUGGCAUGAGUAUUACUCAGGGUGUGCCUCGUAUCAAGGAGAUUAUCAACGCUUCAAAGCUUAUCAGUACGCCCGUCAUAUCCUGCCCUCUACAGAACCCCAAGCAGAUUGAAGCAGCGCGCGUUGUUAAAGGUCGGAUUGAGAAAACUUACAUCUCCGAUGUCAUUCGCUUUGUCGAGGAUAUGUGGUCUGCUAAGAGGGCAACGCUGUGUCUUUCAGUCGAUACGGAGGUGCUCAACGACAUGCACCUCGGCAUCGGCGUUGAAGAUAUCGCCACCACAAUUUGUAAAAACAGGAAGUUGAAGAUCCGUGGCAGCGAUGUCACCGUCGCUGGUGACUGCAUAUUCAUCCAGGUGACCCAUGACACCGGCGGCACAGGAGGACGAGGGGCUAGUGCCAAGAACAAAGUGACACUUGACGAGGGAGGAUCAGACUUAUUACUCAGAGUCAAUCACUUGAAGCGUGCUUUACCUACGCUAGCUAUCUCAGGCUAUCCCGAUGCCUCUCGUGCUAUCAUUCAGACUUCCGACAACAACGAGCAUAAGGUACUUGUCGAGGGGUAUGGUCUUCGAGCUUGCAUGACUACCGAAGGAGUCGUGGGCACUGAAACCACUACAAACAGUGUCAUGGAAUGUCGGGAGGUUCUCGGUAUCGAGGCUGCUCGCUCGACUAUUGCGACCGAAAUCGGUGCAGUCAUGGGAGACAUGGGUAUCGAUCCUCGACACAUGCAACUUCUCGCUGAUGUGAUGACAUACAAAGGGGAGGUCCUUGGGAUUACCCGUUUCGGUUUAUCGAAGAUGCGAGAUAGCGUCUUGCAGCUCGCCUCUUUCGAAAAGACCACAGAUCAUCUGUUUGACGCUGCAGCCGGUAUGAAAACGGAUAAGAUCGAAGGUGUCAGUGAAUGUAUUAUCAUGGGGCAGACGAUGGGAGUUGGUACUGGCGCAUUCCAGGUUGUGAGACAUCUGGACCUCAAAACAGAGGACUUGACUGCCAAGCCAACGGCCUUUGAGGACGCUUGGAAGUGGGAUCAGACGGAGAGGCGGAAAGCCUAUGCACGGGCAUAA